AAAUGAAAUUCUCAUUGGUUUUUGAGUCAAACCCAAAUUAGUGAAAUUACACAAGCCCAUUCCAUUUCUCAAAUCAACCAGCCCACACAGGAAUACUGGUGGGGAUGAUGUAUAUUAUUCAGUUGACACAAAAAAAAAUGAAAAAAGUGAAUAAACGCAUUUUUCCGGUUGCAGCAUCUCUGCGAACUUUCCUUUCACUCAUUCUGAUCCGCGUGGUACUCACUGCUAAGAUCACAGCUCCAACUCCGUCAACACAGUUCUCUCCCUCUCUCUCUAGGAUGGAGCAAUACUGGUCUGGGAGUGCCAUAAAAAAAAACAAAGGGAUGGUGGAGAAUUUACAGAGUUACGGAAUAAUCAAAUCUAGAAAGGUAGCUGAAGUAUUGGAAAACAUUGAUAGAGGUUUAUUUGUACCAAAUGGGGCACAACCUUACAUAGACAGUCCCAUGGCUAUAGGCUACAAUGCCACUAUAUCUGCACCACACAUGCAUGCAACCUGCCUUCAGUUGCUUGAGAAUUAUUUGCAACCUGGAAUGCAUGCUCUCGACGUUGGCUCCGGGACUGGGUACCUGACAGCAUGCUUUGCCUUGAUGGUUGGACCCAAUGGUCGUGCUGUUGGUGUGGAACAUAUUCCUGAAUUGGUUUCCUUUUCAAACAAGAAUAUUGAAAAAAGUGCCGCAGCUCCACUAUUGAAAGAUGGCUCUCUUUCUGUGCAUGAGUGUGAUGGAAGGCAGGGUUGGCCUGAGUUUGCUCCUUAUCAUGCCAUUCACGUUGGAGCAGCGGCACCAGAAAUUCCCCAACCACUUAUUGAUCAAUUGAAUCCGGGUGGUCGAAUGGUUAUUCCAGUUGGAAACGUAUUUCAAGAUUUAAAGGUUGUGGACAAAAACUCCGAUGGUUCUAUCAGUAUCCGGACUGAGACCUCUGUUCGAUAUGUGCCUCUCACUAGCAAAGAAGCUCAACUUAAAGGGGAAUAAGGGUAGCAAAAGUGGAAGCAAAAUCCUGAAUUAGGGUGGCUGAUACUUUCAGAUAUUUGUGGUCAUCUGUACCAAACGCCAUAUACAUUCUGUAAGAAUUUGUAUAGUUCAUGUUAGUUUUAUUUUCUUACACCAAAAUGAAAAAAGAAUAGAUUUAUGUAAUAACUAAUAACUAUUCCAUAAAUAAUUGCGUUGGUUAUUUGAAUAUAAUUUUUCAGUUUAUCAAA